CCUCGGCGGCGGGAGGGCAGCCGUUGCUGCUGCCGUUGAGGUUGGGCCAUGGCGGCGGCCCGGCCCCCGCGCUUCUUCCGCUGCUCCUGCUUCUGCAGCGAGAACCUCUUUCUGCCGCGUUACCGCCUGCACGUGCGCUUCCGCGGGGAGCAGCAGCUGCGCCGAGACUACGGCCCGAUCCUGAGGAGCCUUGGCUGCAGGAGCCCUGAGGACUUUCAGCAGGUUUUGAUCGAGCUCGAGAAAGAAGUCCAGAGGAGAAAAGAGCUUGCCCGACAGUCCGUGCAGAGGAAAGCCGUCAUCUCCCAGCACUAUCGACCGGCUCAUCCAGAGCUUUAUGUUUUACAGGAGUGGUUUCUGGCACCAGAGUUUCUGGCGACGGUCCGGUACUGCAGGUCUCCGGGUGCCAACCUCCCAGGCCUCCUGCAGCACAUCGAUUCCCUCUCAGGAGAGAAGAGGAUCUACCGGCUGCCAGUGUUCACGGCCGCCUUCUGCCGGGCCUUUGUCGAGGAGCUGGAGCACUUCGAGCAGUCUGAGAUGCCCAAGGGUCGCCCCAACACCAUGAACAACUACGGGGUACAGGCGUGGAAGGAGGUCCUGUUGCACGAGCUGGGCCUAGACGCCUCCCUGGUCACCCCUCUGCGAGAGCAGUACCUGCAGCCCCUGGCGGCUCUGCUCUACCCCGACUGUGGGGGCCGCCAGCUGGACAGCCACCGUGCUUUUGUGGUCAAGUACUCUCUGCAGGAGGACCGGGACCUCAGCUGGCACUAUGACAACGCAGAGGUCACCCUCAACGUGUCCCUCGGGAAGGACUUCUCCCAGGGCAACUUGAACUUCGGAGGCCUACGGCAGGUUCCAGGUGUCGUUCCCCAGGGCCUGGAGGUGGAACACGUGGUCACACGAGGCCUGCUGCACCGAGGAGGCCAGAUGCACUGCGCCCUGCCCGUGGCGGCCGGGGAGCGCUGGAACCUCAUCAUCUGGAUGAGGGCGUCCGCCGUCCGCAACCGACUCUGCCCCAUGUGCGGCUGCACCCCUGACCUGGUGGACGACGAGGGCUUUGGGGACGGCUUCACGAGAGAAGAGCCCUCCGGGACAGUGGACGUCUGCUCCUUGACGUGAUGCAGCUCGGGCAGGGGCCGGGGCUAGGAAAGGCAGCAUGAGUCUGGCCUGAAGCGGCCCCCUCAGCAACGGGAACAGAUCUGGGGGCACAAGAGAGGGCGGCUGAAAGCCCAAAAAGUGUGACCUCAGUGGCUCCAGGACCUUAUUUCGGGGUCUGGCUGGGCACCAAAGAAAGAGUUUUUCUACUACGUCCCCGCCCAAGGCUCCCCACCUCAUCAGAAGGAUCUGGAGACUGGUCUCGGGAAUCGGUUUGCCUAGUCGGUUUGUGAGUCAGUAAACAUCCCGGCUUGGCUCUCGUCUCCCCAGAAAGGCACAGAAACUCCGGCCUCAGUUCAGGAAGACUGAAGGGAUGUCCCGGCCAUCCCUGGCCCGCUGCCGGGCUCACUUGGGAGGGACCUCUCUCUCCAUUCUAGGGAAGUCAGUGUCUCAAGGAGGCUGAUGUCUUGAAGUUAUCCCACCCUUUCAGAGCUCGGCUGUCUCUCCCAGAGCCCCUCGUUCUGUGGGGUGUCUCUCCGUGCCCUCUGCCAGGCCCAUGAAGGUGCUGGGUCCAGUCAUUUUUAGGGUCAGGCUACCGCCUUGCCAACCUUCCCAGCCAAAGCAGGGUUGGGAGCUGAAAGGAGCUGCCCUGGCCUGGUGCUCAUAGGGCUACAGGGGAAGGCUCAGGGAUUGGGAUAAAGGGAGAGAUGACAAGCAGUAGGAACCAGAGGGAAUAGGACAUAGAGGGAAAGGAAUCCGAGCUACGGGGUGGGCAAGAAGGGAAAGUUUAGAGACAGAUGAAAAGGAAUCCCCAGUCAGAUGCCAGAGAGGCUUUGAGAUUUCAGUCCUAGGAUGUCAAAUGCUUCCACUCGGGUUCUCAGUUUCAUUCACUGAUGCCAGACUCAGUAUACACCGAGACUUUCCCGGAGACUUCUCCGCCACCAGUGAUUAUGGAUUAAUUCCGCAAACCUGCAGGGCUAAUGACGUGCAGGAAGGCACUGUCUGAGUUCCCAGGCCUUGCUUUCUGAUUUUCUUGUUCAUUCCGAGCAGCUCCAGUGUAGCUGUGGUAUUUUGCCUUGGAGAAGUUAUCAGUAUUUGUACAGUGCUGAAUUGUUUUGCACAUGAAGAAACUCGUUCUGACUUGCAGUUGGAAAACAUGCCAUCGCGAUCCACCUGGCUUUAGACAGUGAUUAUUUAUCUUUUGAAGCCGGCCUGGGCUCAGGCGUUUCUGAGUUUGCGGCAGGAACCUGCAUGGCAGGGCGCAACCUUUCAUCAGGAGCAGCUUUUCACUUCCAUGGAAAAAAACCUGCUCCCACCUCCUCCCUCCCUUCACAACUGCAGGCUGCCUCUGCUCUUGCCAGGGUCAGGGAAGGGUGAACUUGGUGGGAGUAAGGGUUACUCAUACGUCACUUACCCUAGUUGCUUCACGGGGAUAAUACUUGCCUCAGAAAGGAAUUGUGAUGAUCUGGAAAAAUAAAAGUUGUAAAAUGUUCAA